AAAGACAUAUGUAGGUAGGUAUUGUAUGUUAACGAUAAUUAAGUAAUAUACACCCAAGAACUAAUAAUAGCAUAUCGAUAUCUACAUUCUAGCUUUCUCACCGUCCUUCGAUAGCGGUCCAAUGAGGAUUGUGGCAUUUGGUUAAUCAGUCCAGUCAUCUCUUUUCGCUUGUCCGAGAUCGGCUGUUACCCGACCUUGCGGCUCGAGGCUAAGGUAACCUAGUUGCCGUCAAGCUAACUCCAUUGAAACUCUCCAAAUAAACGGAGGGGAAUCAGGGGAUUGUAAAUGUAUACAUGUACCUAUAGUACCAACUUCACAUAUUGCAAAAAUCAGUAUCUACUUAUCUAGAAGGCGAACGAUUUAGAAAAAAAAAAGGGGGAAAAAGACGUACUACCGGAAAUAGACCAAUACUUUUUGUAUGACUCAAGAGGUACAACCCCUUGCCGAUUUCUGCUCUACAUCUAUCGCGGUCUCGUCACUCCGUUCAUCUGUUCUAACCUUGUCGCGUGUUACUUGCUACUAGUCCAGCAUACCCUGUAUUCGACAAACACUCUAUAAGGAAAGCAAGCAAGAUGUGUGGAAUAUUCGCCUGUCAUUGUCAUCCCGACGUCUUAAAAUUCAAACCGACCGCUUUGAAAUUGGCAAAGCAAAUUCGACAUAGAGGCCCGGAUUGGAGUGGUAGUGUCAUCUGCAACAACACAAUCCUUUGCCAUGAGCGUCUGAGCAUUGUCGGCGUUGAGUCUGGCGCCCAGCCCCUGACCAAUGCGGACGAAUCUAUCAUCCUCGCUGUCAAUGGUGAGAUCUACAACCAUCGGUUAAUCCGAAAGAACCUCAAGACCCCUUAUCACUUCAAGACCGCAUCCGACUGCGAAGUCAUCAUCCCCCUGUAUAUGGAAUAUGGCCUCGACGCUCCCAAGUACCUUGAUGGUAUGUUCUCGUUCGUUCUAUACGACAAGAACCUUGACCGAACCAUUGCCGCCCGUGAUCCCAUCGGUAUCACCACCCUAUACCAAGGCUGGUCUUCCAAGGAGCCCAACUCUACCUACUUCGCUUCCGAGCUGAAGUGCUUACACACUGUUUGCGACGAGAUUCGUGCUUUCCCUCCCGGACAUAUCUACGAUACCAAGACCAACGAAACCACCCGAUAUUUCGAGCCAACCUGGUGGGAUGGCGCGAGGAUACCAGACACUCCCCUUGAUCUAAAGGCUAUUCGGAAAUCGCUCGAGCGAUCCGUACGGAAACGCCUUAUGGCUGAAGUCCCCUAUGGCGUGUUGUUGUCAGGUGGCUUGGAUUCAAGCUUAGUUGCAUCCAUUGCACAACGGGAAACCUUGAGACUCAAGAAACUAGCGGCGGACGCUGCCAGCGGUGCUGCUGAGUCAACUGAAGACCCCGACAAAGGAGAAGGUUUGGUCGGUAUCGAUGAUGAGAAUGAACUCUCGACUGUCACAUACCUGCCACAACUCAACUCUUUCUCUAUCGGCCUACCCGGAUCGCCCGACAACGUAGCUGCCCUCAAGGUCGCCAAGUUCCUCGGCACGAAACACCACGUGAUGACCUUCACUAUUGAGGAUGGUCUCAACGCUUUAUCCGAUGUUAUCUACCACCUCGAGUCUUACGAUGUGACAACUAUCCGUGCCUCUACCCCCAUGUAUUUGCUAUCGCGAAAGAUCAAGGCUAUGGGAAUUAAGAUGGUCCUCAGUGGCGAGGGAAGUGAUGAGAUUUUCGGAGGAUACUUGUACUUCCACGCCGCUCCGGAUAAGAAAGCUUUCCACGAGGAGACCGUCCGCCGAGUCAAGAACCUUCACCUGUCAGAUUGCCUACGGGCCAACAAGUCGACCUCGGCAUGGGGUCUUGAGGCUCGAGUGCCCUUCCUUGACAAGGAGUUCCUCGAGACCUGCAUGAACAUUGACCCCCAGGAGAAGAUGAUCACAAAGGAUCGACUUGAGAAGUGGAUUCUACGAAAGGCAUUCGACACCACUGACGAGCCUGGAACGGAGGCAUACCUACCGGAUGAGAUCCUCUGGAGACAGAAGGAACAAUUCUCAGACGGUGUUGGCUAUGGCUGGAUCGAUGCUCUCAAGGACAACGCCGAGCUCCAUGUCACGGAUGAGAUGAUGAAGAACCCCAAGCCGGAAUGGGGCCAGGAUAUUCCAGAUACCAAGGAAGCCUAUUGGUAUCGGUUGAUGUUCGAUGAGCACUUCCCCCCUCAUUGUGCCUCGACGGUCAUGCGGUGGACGCCGACUUGGUCGAAACAGUCUGAUCCUAGUGGACGAGCUAUCGCUACACACAACGCUAAGUACCAAACAGCAGCUUGAAAGAGUGAAACAUUGUGAUGUUGAGUAAAAGAUGAUGUAAACCGAAUAGAAACCUAGGAGGGUCAAAAAAGAUUCAAUUUAGUUGAUACCUACCUACUUAUGUAGUACCUCAAUUGCAUGGUGAAGAUUGAUUGGUCACUUCGGUUAUAAGUUAUAGGGGACGAAAAGCUAGACUUGGCGUUGAGGUAGCUUAGAAUUACGUGCAGAUAACCUAGUAAGGUACAAUACAUAUGUACUACUAAGGUACCUCUAGUUAAAUCUGACCCUGAAAAUUCAAUGUUGAGAUCAAUGACA